AUGGUGCUGUUUGGAGGACCCCACCUUUUUUGUGUAGCUAGCUAUUUCUCUGAAGAACCGAGUUUUGAACGGCGCUGUUUUUGUCACUACAUCGUUGCCAUCGCGCCCUCAGCUCAUCCCCCAGACCACUGGAACUGCCUUACCUACUGUGACAAAAUGCCCCUCAUAACCGGCCUCCACCAUGUCAACCUCAUCGUCCCACCCAACACCCUCCCCGAAGCCAACGCCUUCUACGGGAAGACGUUGGGUCUGACGCCCCGGCCGGUGCCGCAGUUGCAGAAGGACAGGCUGGCGUGGUUUGAUAUCGGGACGUCGGGGCAGCAGGUUCAUAUUGCUUUUGGGAGGCCAGAGGUUGAUUUCACUGAGGAGGCGAAAGGGGCGUCGAGGCAUCCGUGUUUCAAGGUGGGGAGUUUGGGGGAGCUGGGGGAGUUGCAGAGGAGGGUUUGGGGGCAUUUUAGGGGGGUGGGGGAGGAGUGGGAACGGGGAAGGCCGUUGGGGUGUGAUGAGCCGGGGAAGGAGGAUUCUGGUGAGUACUCAUGA